CCGUGAUGACGCAAGCGGCGCGGCCGGGCCAUGGCGGGCGAGCGGCGGCGGCGCGGCGGGGAAGGAGCUCGGGAACGGGCCCGGGACCGCGGGACCCGUCGGGAACAACAGCGGGGACCGGGCCGGGGCCGGACGGCGCUGGUGAUAGCGGCGGCGGCGGCGGCCGUGGCGCUGGGCGUGGCGGCGGUGGCGACCGAAUGGAACCGGUGGAGAGCGGCCGCCCGCCUCGUUACCCCCCACCCUGCGCCCCCCGCGCUCCCCCCCGAUUCUACCGGGCCUCUCGCCUCGCCCCACCGCUUCUGGGGGACUUACCGGCCUCACGUCUACUUCGGGAUGAAGACACGUAGCCCACGAGCUCUCGUUACCGGGCUGAUGUGGCUUCAGCAAGGCGAGGGGGGAGGCAGCUUACGCCACACCUGCGAGCAGAGUGACGGUCUGUCGCGAUAUGGCUGGUUGAUGCACGACGGGGUGAAUUUCGGGGUGCAGGAGAUUCGAGACAAAGGCUUGUUCUUAAAAACCGAAUUCGUUAAACGACUGGGAGGGGAGCACGGAGGGGAUUGGAGUUGGCGCAUCACUGCACGGAUGGAGGGUGUGGGCAGCCCAGUCCCGCUCCUCUCCCUCUUCUUCUACGUCGCCACAGACGGGCAGGGGACACUGAAGCCACACCUGGAGAACAGGACACGGCUGGCUGUUGUGACAGGGACAGCGGAGGAGCUGGGGAGCUUCACCCUCACCUUCCUCCGUCCCACUACUGAGAGCAGGGAGGACCCCAAAUACGCCAGCUACAACUACCUGGAGGCAGCAAGCCCAGGGCUGCACCGCCUGACUGAGGUAGUGCGGAGUAGCCUUAGCAACCGCUUCGUCUUCACCCCACCGGGGGGGGCCCGCCGCCGCUUCUUCGCCGUCGACACCUUUCAGGGGCUGCCAGGGGAACACCCACGUGAGGGACAGCUGCUGCUGCACCAGGUGACGCUGGAGCCGCCGGGCAUCGUGGAGGUGACCUUCGAGUCAGGCAGCGUGGUGGGCCGGCCCGGACGGCUGGCAGGGGGCGCGCUGUCGGCGGCACUCUCGCAGCAUGUGGCUGCCUUCGAGCAGCGCUUUGAGGAGACCUUCGGGCUGGGCCGUAAGGGCUUCCCCCUACCGCAGCAGCGCUUUGCCCAGGCUGCUCUCAGCGAUCUCCUGGGAGGGAUGGGCUACUUCCACGGGCGCUCGCUGGUGCAGUCCCCCCUGCAGGAGCGACCCAUUGCCGCCCCUGAGGCCGUUCUCUUCACUGCCGUCCCCUCCCGCUCUUUCUUCCCCCGCGGCUUCCUCUGGGAUGAGGGCUUCCACCAGCUGCUGCUGGCACGCUGGGACCCAGUGCUGAGCCGGGAGGUGAUUGCUCACUGGCUGGACCUGAUGAACGCCGAGGGAUGGAUACCCCGGGAGCAGAUUCUGGGGGAGGAGGCACGAGCCAAGGUGCCCCCCGAGUUCCUCCUGCAGCACAGCGAGACGGCCAACCCCCCGACAUUACUGCUGGCGCUGCAGCGGCUGCUGCCCGACGCCCCCCUGCCCUACCUGCGCCGCCUCUUCCCCCGCCUGCACGCCUGGUACAACUGGUACAACCAGACGCAGGCUGGGCCCCUGCCCCUCACCUUCCGCUGGCGUGGCCGUGACACCCAGCCCGAGCGCUUCCUCAACCCCAAGACACUGGCCUCGGGGCUGGAUGACUAUCCCCGUGCCUCCCACCCCUCGCCUGAGGAGCGGCAUCUGGACCUGCGCUGCUGGAUGGCGCUGGCCUCCCGCGUGCUGGCGGAGGUGGCUGAGCGGCUGGGGGAGCCGGCUGGGCCCUACCGGGUAAUGGAGCAGGCACUGAGUGACAACGGGCUGCUGGAGCAGCUGCACUGGGCCCGAGAACUGGGUGCCUUUGCCGAUUAUGGCAACCACAGCACAGCUGUGGGGCUGCGCUGGCAAUCCCCAGCCCCCCCGGCUCCAGGUCAACCCCCUGCAGCCCCACAGCUGGUGCGGGAGGUGCGGGAGGCCCCGCGGCUCCGCUUCGUGGGAGCCCUGGGCUAUGUUAGCCUCUUCCCACUGCUGCUGCAGCUGCUGCGCCCUGACUCACCACGGCUGCCCGCUGUGCUGGCUGCCAUGCGUAGUGAGCAGCAGCUCUGGACGCCCUUUGGGCUGCGCUCACUGGCCCGUGACAGCCCACUCUACAUGCAGCGCAACACCCAGCACGACCCCCCAUACUGGCGCGGCUCCAUUUGGGUCAACGUCAACUACCUGGCACUGCAGGCACUGCACAGCUAUGCCAACACUGAGGGGCCACAGCGGGAGCAGGCAGCAGAGCUGUACCGUGAGCUGCGCCACAACCUGGUGGCCAACCUGUACCGGCAGCACGCUGAGAGCGGCUUCCUCUGGGAGCACUACAGUGACAGCACCGGGCGCGGGCAGGGCUGCCACCCUUUUGCUGGCUGGUCCGCACUGGUUGUGCUGGCAAUGGCUGAAGACUACUAGGCCCAUCAGCAGCUGCCACAGCUGGCCAAGGUGCAGACAGCUGCUGGCCCUGCCUGUUUUUUCUCAGGUGCGGGUGGAGGCAUGUGGAGGGCCACUGUGCCAGACCCCACUGCCUCACCUCCAAUAAACCUCCGCCACCA